CUUCAGUCACUUCUGACACGUGUUUUUUAUUUCGCAUAAGUAACCAUGUUCUCUGAAAUCUAUCGAAGUAGAACCUAGAGCUCUUUAUCGAGUUCGACUGCAUUUUUUGGUCUUGGUUGUAUUUUGCUUUUGCAGCAGAAGGAAAUUACUUAUAUCAUUUACGUGAUCAUCAUCAUCAUCUGAUGGGGCACUCAGUUUCUCUAUUUUAUCUUCAAUAACGCAAAAGAUAAACAAUGACAGUAUCCUAUACGUAAAAAUGAGACAAGUAAAUAUUGAAACCGUGGCGCCGAAGCGGGGCGCUGAUCUGUCUAGACAACGGCAGCCAGCUACUCGAGACCCAUUUCGACGAAAAGGCGGUUAUUUUUUCGGAAUCAUGGCGGCCACGACGACCGCGGUUGUACUAUCCAGCAUUUUUCACGAUCUUUUUUACAAUUGCACCAGCGCCGGGCGAGAACUUAUUUCCACACCAGAAGAAACUUCUGAUGCGCGUCGAUUCACAGGAGUAUUCGACUUUAUUUCUGCGGUGGACGCACUACGUACAAGUGAGAGCGUACUAGCAGGAAGGGCGUGUGGACGAGACGGCAGAUCUUCAGGAAGGUCGUGUGUAGAAGAUGAAGCCGCACAUAUAAACAGAAGCGAGGGCGGCCCUGUUCCUCCUGCUCCUGUGUCGGCUCCGUCUUCCACCAGCAUUUCUUUUCCAGUAAGUACUACGAGGACUAGCACCACAGGUAGACAUUCCAGCGCUCCUCGGGAUGCUGGAGUUGAGAGCUGCAUUAAACCAC